CCCCCCGCUCGGACUUGCACCAGCGCGGCUCCCGCCUCGUGAAGCGGCGGAAAUGCCACUCCGCCAAGCCUUGCCACUUCCAUGCAACUGCCGACUGCCAACCAACCAGCCAACCGUGGCUACUACACCUACGCACUCGCCGAUCUCGCCCCGCCUAAAUCUUAGGCAGCCGCAGUCCGCAGUCGGCAGCGCCGCACGGCCAUUUUCCGCUCGUGGCCCAACCCAACUGCCGCCGGCCGGCCGGCCGGCCGCCGAUCCACGAAUGGUGACUGAACAACACGAGCUAGCUAGCUGUCCCAUCCCAACUCCAGAUGGAUCCUGCUUCUCUUCUUCCUUGCCAUGCUCGAGUCGACUGUAUCGUAUUGUAUAUAUACCUGGCCGUGCUUUUGGGGAUGGCGAUCGAUGCCCAUUCGUUCCCAUCUGCUGCUGCUGCUGCUGCUGCUGGUUCGUGGAGAGGGAUUAUUCGAGAGGGUCGUCGUCGUCGUCGUCCAUGGACAGCAACGAGAUGCCCGGGAAGAAGGCGAGGAAGCCCUACACCAUCACCAAGCCCCGGGAGCGCUGGAGCACCGAGGAGCACGGCCGCUUCGUCGACGCGCUGCUCAUGUUUGGGCGCGACUGGAAGAAGAUCGAGGAGCAUGUCGGCACCAAGACAACCAUCCAGAUACGGAGCCAUGCCCAGAAGUACUUCCUCAAGGUCCAGAAGCUCGGGCUAGCCGCCGGGCUGCCGCCGAUGUACCCGAGGCGCCACUUCGCCAUGCAGCAGCAGGAACAGCAGCAGACCACGGUGGCCGGUAGCAGCGCGGCUGCGGCCGCCAUGCCAUUGCUUCACGGCCUGCAGCAGCAGCAACCUAUGUGCGCGCCGGUCGCCAUGCCAGGUCUGUCCGAGUCCGACGCCGUCGCUCACGGUUCUUCCAUCGGCUGGAACAGCCCCGGCGUCCUUCCUGCACCCAGCAGCGAGAUGCAAGGCUUGGACUGGGCAGCAGGCCCGUCAGCUUCAGGGACAGCACCACUGAUGAACACCGACGCGCAGAGCCAGAUUGUGCCAUUGGCCGGUGGCGGCCGGUUCAUUGGGGCGCCGAGCUUGAGCAGCACCAGCAUAGAUUGGGCUGGCAGUGGCAGCAGCAACGCAAGCGAAGCGUCAGCGAUCGGUGCCGUGCAUGAUGAACCGAUCGAGCUUCCAUUAUCACCCGAGGAUCUGCCAUUUGCGCAGGUGUACAGGUUCGUCGGCGACAUGUUCGACCCCAACACGCCGAUCCCAGUAGAAACCCAUCUGCAGAAACUGAAGGAGCUGGACGACAUCACCGUCAAGACAAUCUUGCUGGUGCUGAGAAACCUCGAGAACAACCUGUCAGCGCCUCAGUUCGAGCCCGUGAGAAGGUUACUGUCAACGUAUGAUCCGACAAGAGGCGUGUCUGGCCAAUUGUAGAGCGCAGCUCCUUGAGACGGUCUGGGGAGUGGGGGAGGCGCAACUAACACAAAUAGAUGGAUGGACGUUCAGCACUUCAGGUGCUGCACGAAUGACAGAAAGAGAGGCUGAAACUCAAAUAGACAGACACCGAUAUGCCUGGUUUUCAGGCUGACAUACGUACGCUAGAAGAUGUUAACAAUUCUUUUGGAAAUUCGCGGCUGUCUAUAAAAAAGCACUUACUUUUUUACUACCAUGUACCGAUUGUUAAGGACUUGUUGAGUAGUCCACAUCCUUGAUUCUUCUAGCCUUCUUUUGUAAAACUCGCGUGUCGAUUCAGAUGAAAGCUUGAAAUUCGUUUGGCAACAA